UGACACCAGAACCGCCAAGCAGGUUCCGAUAAUAAUUAUAUCAGUCCGCUCAACUUCUAUAACCAGGUUCACGUUCUUAAAAAGACACUGUUUGGGGGGGUUUCAUUAAAUUCAACAAAACGUCUACAAAAUCGCAACAAGACGUAAUUCCAUAUUCCACCCCAUUCAUUAUCCAACUUUGACCGCAAGGGAGCGAAUAUCUGAAACCACCCGCAGAACGCCUCCAUUGCUCUUUUCAAUGGCGCAGCCCAUUUCCCUCACCGGUCGACCGGUCGCCAUAUCGUUAAGAUCUAAGUCCCUAAAUAUCGGAAAGUCUUCCACUCGAAUAAUACCCUUAGUUGCUCUUCGGCCGCGAACUUCCCUCAUUCCGCACCGCCCGCAUUAUUGCCGAUUUAGGCAUAUCCAUUCUUGCGCAAAACACCCACGACUUCCGAACCCCUCCCUCUCUCAUUCCCGUCCCUACCAUUCCUCUUUCCCCCCUCCUAUAGAAACUCUAGCAGACACAUACACUCCGGAACAGUCUGCAAUUCUCUCCGCGGCAGUAAACCAUAUUCCCGAGCAUGGAUUCACGGCCCAUUCGCUUACACUGGGGGCUCGGGAUGCCGGAUACUUGGAUGUCUCAUUACAGCUGUUCCCGGGCGGUGGGGAGAUUGCGCUUAUAACCUACUGGUUGGGAAGUCGGAGAGGUAUGUUAAGGCAGAAAGCUAAGAGCGGAGAACUUUUUAGGACAACUGAAGGUGGAGAAGCAGGAAGGUUAAGCGUGGAGGAGAAAGUGUUGGUAUUGAUAUUGGAGAGAUUAAAGAUGAACGAGAAGAUAAUCGAGCAUUGGCAGGAUGCGUUAGCAACCAUGUCUCUACCCUUUAAUAUUGUCCCGUCAAUUUCUGAGCUAUAUGCGCUCUCCUCUGACAUCCUCUAUCUGGCCAACGACAACUCCGUGGACUCUUCGUGGUACACAAAGAGACUCGCCGUCGCGACUGUUUAUGCCAGCGCCGACGUUUUUAUGAUAGAGGAUACUUCCCCGGGCUUCAACGCGACGAAGGCAUUUGUCGAACGGCAACUCAGCGAUGUCAACUCUGUUACUAGGACUCUAAGCGAAGCUAAGCGGUACUUGGGGUUUGUCGCGGGUAGUGUUGUUGGAGUGGGGAGGAGUUGGGGAAUGAAGGUAUGAGGCAAUAUGGUGAUUUUCUCGCAAUUAAGCGGGGGAGAAAUGGUAGACUAGCAAGGAUGAACGCAGGGUUAAUGCCGUUCUUUGUAGAAUGUAUAUUAAUUACCAUGUAAGAUAAAAGGAGUCAUUCGGUGCCUGUUCUUCUGCUGGAACUUUCAUCCUUGUUGCUUUUUACCAUGUUUUAAUUGUUGUUGAAGGCCACAAAGAGGAUAAGAGAUGGCAAGCCCAACAAAAUGUCUCUAAAACGUCGGAGGCAUAUUGUAUAUCUUGGUUACAGAAGGAUAAAUAUGUAGCACAAUAAUUAUAAAUCAAGUGGAGUUUUUCCGUCGCG